AUGAUGAUGGAUGAAAAGGACCCAUCCACACUCUUGGAGCUUGCUAUACAGAGUCUACUGAGCAAUGAGUCUGUUGCAAUUCAUUCUCUGGGGGAGAUCCCAAGGGAGCUUUUCGUUCCAUUGUUCUCUGCUGCUUUCAUGGGAGGAUAUAGGAAGACCCUGACAGCAAUGGUGAAGAUUUGGCCCUAUACCUGUCUCCACAUUGGGACAUUAAGUGUGCAGGAACCCCAGCGUGAACUCCUGAAAGCUAUGGUUGAGAGUCUUCAGGUCCUUCCUGCCCAGGGCUCAGUUUCUAGGAGCCCUAAAUUGAGGAUCCUAGAUAUAAGGCAGGGCAUUGACUGCAAGACAACAUGCCCAGAAUUUGGCAUCAGAUCGCCUACUUGUUUUCACAGCUGUACUCACUCUUUACGCUCUAUUCUGAAGUUAGAAAGCCAGUGUAGCACUGUGGAUCCAAAGCCUGAGACUCAGUCCUCAAGUCAGCCUAUGGAGUUAUUAGUCGAUCUUUCCCUUGAUGGUACCUUGAAAGAAAGGGAAUUUUUUGCUUUGCUUCUGAAUAAAGUUGAGCAGAGCUUGGGGUCCUUGCACCUCUGCUGUCGGGAUUUGCAAAUUGAUAGAUUUUCUUAUGCAAAGAACAUUCUCAAGUUCCUAGAUCUGACAUGCAUUCAGAACCUGGCAGUUGAUCAGGCUUCCCUGAACGAAGUAACCGCCCUUAUGGCUCAUAUGACCUAUCUGGACAGCCUAAGUCUGUCUAAAAUUACCUGUAAAUCUUUGCAUGGGAGAGUCUUCCGAGUGUUUCUCAACUGUCUUGGGCGCAUGAACUGCCUGAAAGAGCUCAACUUGUCUUCCUUCAGCCUCACAGAUCAUCUGGACAGCCUACUCAGAGCCUUGCCACCAAAUUUGGAUUUCUUGUAUCUGCCAUUCUGCGAAAUUUCUUACAGAGAUCUCAAAUUUCUGUCCCAGAGCCCUCAGGCCACCCACCUAAAGCUAUUAAAUCUUAGUAACAAUGCCAUGUAUUGGGAUGAUUAUGGGCCCUUUCAGAUUCUUUUGCAGAAACUCUCGGCUACCUUGCAGCACUUGGCUAUAAAUCAUUGCCAUUUAACAGAUGCUGCACUCUCUGCUAUCCUUCCAGGGAUAUCUAAGUGUUCCCAUCUCCGUGUGAUUAGCUUUGUCUCUAAUCCCAUUACGAUGCCUAUGAUCAUCAGAAUCCUUCAUUACUUAACACCUUUGUUGGAGUUGAAAUACGUGAUUUACCCUAUCCCAGUACAUUGUUAUGACCAAUGGCAUGUCAAUGGCAGCUUAGACAGACAAAAGCUGGCUGAUGUCCAAGCACAGCUGAAGGUGAUGCUACAAGAAGCAAAGCGAAGCGACAUGAACUGGAUCACUUAUUCUCAGUAA